AUGAUCCCUUAUGACUGCAAUUCGAUAAACAACCAAAUCAGCACUAAAGAUCAAAAUGCAACUUUAAAGUUUAAACAGAAACAACAUAAUCACAUACAGAGAUCAUUAAUAUGGACUAUUACAAGAACACAAUUAGUAAUUCUAAAUCAAAUUUCUAGUGAAGACAAAUACAAUAAACGUGGCACUCAUCCCAAUCCAAUCACUGUGGUAAUAAAAUUCAUACCUGAGCCUAACAUCCUCCAAAUUCCCCAAUUCCUCAACCCCAAUUUCCCAAAAAUUGAAGUCCAAUUAGAACACCCUAGAUAA